AUGUCGUCCCCAUUCCAAUUUGGAGACUUCAACUUUAUAUGCGAGCGGGCGGCAUUGACGGUAUGCCCGCUGCUCGGCACGGCGCAGGGGGUGAUGCCGACUUGUUAUGCUAGGAAUGUGCAGCUGGGGAGUCAGGUCUGGUUCCAGCCAGCUACCUGCUUCGUCCACAUCGCCGCCCUCGGAAUGACCGCCAUCAUGCUCUUCCACGUCCGAUCGAAAUACACCGCGGUCGGACGGAAAGAGAUCGUCAUGUUCUUCUACAUCUACAUGUUCAUCAGUUUGCUCGCGUUCUUCCUGGACUCGACAGUCAUCCCAACUUCGCACGAAGUUUACCAGUGGUUCACUGCUGUAUAUGCCGGAGCACUAGGCGCACUGUACUGGUGUAUCGUCAUGAACGGCCUCGUCGGAUUCCAAGCAUGGGAAGAUGGAACGCCAAGAUCUCUUUGGCUCCUCCGCCUAUCCUGCCUGAUCGUGUGGGGCGUCACCUUCUUCGUCGCCAUCGCGACCUUCAAACAAUGGGCCUCAUUCAGCUACACCCGCCCUAUCGGACUCUUCAUCACCUACCUCCUCUUCCCCGCCAUCUGCGUCGUCGUUUAUACCGUCUCGCAGCUCGUCCUCGUCAUUCGCACACUGGACGACCGGUGGGUCAUCGGAGACAUCAUCUUCGGGAUCGCCUUCUACGUGGUUGGCUGCGUGCUGCUUUUCGCAUUCUCGACGCGGAUCUGUGAUGCCGUUAGUCACUAUAUCGACGGGGUGUUCUUCUUUAGCUUGUGCAUGCUGUUGACGGUUAUGAUGGUGUACAAGUACUGGGACUCGAUCACCAAGGAGGACCUGGAGUUCUCGGUCGGAUCCAAGCAGGCAGUAUGGGAAGUCAAGGAGCCUCUGGUACAGGGAAACCAAGAGUACUUCGAAGAUGACACAACAUCAGCAUACCACGGCGCAGGAGGCAGCUUGGCCGGCGGGUACGGCGCCAACUACUAUGCCAACUACCCACAAGGUCAGGGACCGGCGGGCGGUCAGGGCGGAUACGGCCAGCAGCAGCAACAGCAGCAGCAGUAUGGUGGUCAGAGCGGGUAUGGCCAGGGUGGAGCGAGCGGGGGAUACGGGCAGGGCGGGUAUGGGGGUGGGCACUAUUGA